UGACCGCACAGUACAAAACUGUUCUUAAAUUGCUUUCGUUUUACCUUUUACUUUAACCACAACUAGGUUGCUUUAACCAUUCCUAUAUCGAUCUAGCUGUUAACUACCGCGUUAACUUAAGUUUGUUAUAAAUACGACAGGACUUUUCAAUGCGGUACAUUUACGAAUUUAUAACAUAGUCCCACGCAUGGAUUAAUAUUCAGGUGUAAUACUUUUUACAAAUGUGCAAUUAUGCUAAACUACUGAAAGUGAACUUCUCCUGGGUAUACUAUUACCUCAUUUAGUGCAGAUUAAAAUAAAUUUAUUUUCUGUGAACAUCUGUUAUUUGUUUACUAGAUCUAGCUGGACUUUCAAGUAUUUUGCAUAAGAUACGUUUUACAAUAUAGCGAAGUUAAGAGUUUAAAUAGUAUACCUGUAAGUGUCAGAAAGUGCACUUUUUUACAAAAAAAUACAAGGAAUAAACUACAGAAAUGAAUGGUAUGCCAGAUAGCGACUUGGAUUUCUAUGAAAUACGAAAGAAGCUCGUAGGUUCAGGAUCGUUAUUUAUUGAUCCGGAAUUUCCACCCGAUAUAAAAUCGAUAUACCCGACGGGACGGGGUUCCAGGAAUUCGAACAUCCAUAGAAUUGUAUGGAAACGCCCUACACAAAUCUCGGAGCAUCCGAAGUUCAUAUCCAGCACCGCCACACGGUCUGACCUUGACCAAGGUCAACUAGGGGACUGUUGGUUUGUGGCAGCCGCCUCCCUCCUUGUUAACGGCCCCCGUCAACAGUUUGAGAGGGUUGUUCCACAAGAUCAGGGAUUCGACAAGGACUAUGCAGGUAUAUUUCACUUCCGGUUCUGGUGGUAUGGCUCGUGGAAGGACAUCAUUAUUGACGAUUAUCUGCCCACGGACGGCCACCGCCUCCUGUUCUGUUACAACUGGGAAGAGAUAGAUGAAUUCUGGGGUGCCUUACUGGAGAAGGCCUAUGCCAAACUGCGUGGAAGUUACGACGCUUUGGACGGCGGAAAACUGACGGAUGCCAUGGUGGACAUGUCAGGAGGAUUAUCGGAACGGAUAAACUUGACCAAGAAAGGGGAAGUGUCUCCCGACCUGUACGAUCUACUAUGGAAAACCUCACAGAUGAAUUCCCUUAUUGGCGGCAGCAUCUAUUUACCGGAAGGCUCGACAAGGCCGGAAGUGAGGCGAGAUAACGGACUGUACAUGGGUCACGCCUACAGUAUCACCGCGAUAUCUCAGGUUCCCCUGAACAACCGGAAGUAUCGGCUUUUGCGAUUGCGCAACCCCUGGGGCCGGAAGGAGUGGAACGGACCCUGGUCAGACAAUUCUUAUGAAAUCCGAAACUUACCAAUGGAAGUUAAACGGAAGCUGAAAAUUAUUGUAGAGGACGAGGGGGAAUUCUGGAUUUCAAUGGAGGAUUUUGUGGCUAACUUUGACGAGGUCCAACUCUGUCACCUGCAGCCUGAUGCCGUGGGUCAGGACUUGGCAAACAAUACGAACAAGCUGAACUGGUCGGUGACGCUGUACCACGACGCCUGGAUUAAGGGCGUCACCGCAGGAGGGUGUGGAAACGCGCCGCACCAAGACCUAUACUGGCGGAACCCUCAGUUCCAAGUCCACCUAGUUGACGUCGACACGACAGACGGCCGUGACCUCUGUACUAUGGUCGUGUCGUUGAUGGAAAAAGAAAAGGGAGGUUCAGAGGCCGGGAUUGCCAUUGGAUUCGAUGUAUAUGAGGUAAAAGGCCGUCAAACGCGUCCCCUCGACGGAGUGUCGCUUCCCCGCUCGGCUCUCAAAAAUCGAGAGGGAUCCGGUACCUACGAACACUACCGCGAGGUGACACGACGGUUUGAGUAUAAACCCGGAUAUUACGUCGUCAUUCCGAGUUCGUUCUACCCCAACCAGGAGGCGGACUUCAUGUUGAGAAUAUACACCGAGAAAGAGGUGGAGUCUGAAGUCAUGGAUGAAAACGGUAGUCCAACGCAACCACCCUCGCGACAGGCGGAUCCCCUAGAUGCCCUCUUCCGGAAGUACGCCGGAGAGGACAAUGAAAUGGACUUCCGGGAGCUACGAGACUUUUUGACAGAGGCCUCGCUCACAGUCUUGGACCACUCAUUAAGAUUCAGCAGGGAAUCCUGUCGAUGCCUUGUCACACUGAUGGACAGAAAUAGGUCCGGCUUCCUCUCCCUGGAACAGGCGAAAGACGUUGUUAGUCAAAUGAAGGCAUACGCUGCCGUGUUCCGGAAAUCCGAUAUAAACAAUUCCGACGCUGUCGACACAAUGGAGCUAGAAUCCAUAUUUAAGCAACUUGGUUUUCCGGUGAGCCGGAUGGUGUUGACGUCAAUCGUGAGACGUUACGGUGGGCGGGACAGGAGGAUCAGCCUGCAGGAUUUCAUCAUUGUCAUGUGCAAGCUGGUCGUCAUGUUUGGAAUUUUCAAAGAACAACAGAUCAAAACAGGAGGACAAACUGACGUUGCCCAAUUUACCAGAAACGAGUUUCUGCAGUACAGCAUGUUUUGCUAAGGACUUGUGGAUACACGUUACUGUAAAUCCAAGUACUGCUCCACUCUCAUACGCAGUGAUCUUGACAACAAGAGAAGAUCGCUGUCACCAUUUCCGAAGAACAGUUGGAUUUUAGCUAUAUAGGCGUAUUUUGAAGACUGUUUCUUACAUGUAUACAUGCAAUAUGGUGUUAACGUUCCAUUAAAUAAAGUUGUUUUCAAAGUUUAAAAAUUAAUCAAUUUUUCAAAUGAAUAUUUUUUUUUCACUUGAUUAAUAAUCUCAUGUCAUUGAAAUCUUCAUCGCAUUAUUUGCACGACGGCAGUCAUUUCCGUGCGGCGAAGGUAAGUUACCGCUGUGGUUAGUUUGAAGUCGUCUUUGUACGUUCCUGUAACUCCACGUACUGCUUCUGUAGUCGCUUUUGUCUCAUUAGCGCGUGCAAUUCGUAUGACAAUAUAUUGGUACAAAGACAGUUAGGUCAUAUACAUUCAUAUAUGUAUCAUAAAUUGUAAUUUGUUAGAAUUUGAUUGUGAAAGUUGUACUGUUUAAAUGUUAGAUUGUAGUGUCAUUAUUCAUUUAGACGUGGAUUGCAUGAAAUCAUAAAGAGGAUAACUGUUUGCUUCAGUGUAAGAUCGCAAAAUAUUUCACCGUUUGAAACAGUGAAAUAUCAUUUUUAUUUCACUAAUAAGUGAAUCUAUAUAAACCACCGGAAGGCAAAAAAUAAAAUAGGCUACAAGACAAUUAGGUCAUAGACAUAUAUUAAGAACAAAUUGUAACGACAUGUUCAAGCGUCAUGUGAUUGUGUGACUGUUUAUUUAGAUAUGUUUUACAAUGUGUAUUAUCAUGACAUUAUGCACCAGUCAAUUGUAACCACGGCCCCCAGGUCCGGGGAAUAGCAGGGACUUUGACUUUCGGUCCAGCCAACCCCGGCUAAAAUCCCCGCCCUGCGGGGACGAACAUAUGGUAAAAUCCCCGCCAAAUGCCCCCGCACCCCAGGGACCCUAGGUAAGGCUCAUUCCCCGCUAUAUUUAAAGCGAAGACAAAACCACCGCAUUCACCCAGCACUGCGGGGCCACCUGAAAGGUAAAAACACUGUCCAUUUCCCCGGCUAUCCCCGGUAUACCCCCGGACUUGGGGGGCCGUGGUUACAAUUGACUGGUGGAUUAUUAGAUGUUAAUGUUUACAUUAUAUUGCAAAUAAAACACAACGGCAGUUAAAUGAAUGUAAUGAUUUAGCGACACAUAUGCUGUUUAAUAGUUAUAUACCUUAUGGUGUAACACAUUUCAGUACGAUGUUUUGUUUUUGAAACAAAAUAGUAUAUAGCUAUCUUUGUGAUUUUAUAUUUUUUGUGACGAGGAAGAAGUAACAUUAUUGUUUUUGUAGCGUUUAACAUAUUACAUAGCAACAGAGCAAGAAACAUACUAUGCAAUCAUUACAAUGUUUUGUUUCAUUAAAAAUAUCUGUUUUGUUGUUUCGUAUAUGUACAUAGGAUUGUAGAACUAGAUAUUAAAUAAUUAUUUACA